AUGGCUACCACCAAAGUGCCUGUUUACUCGACCAACGAUUUAAAAUCUACGAGUGACGAUGCCCUAUUUCCCUACUUGACCAACCUCCCUGCACCAUACACCUUCACACCAAACUACACCAAAAGCAAUGUCCGCUUCGCACUCGGUUACAGUGCCGUUGUGAUUGCGGCAUUCACAUUCUAUGCAGACCGUUAUCUAGGCUGGGAGGCUACCACUUCACCAUGGAUUAUUACAGCGGUGGUCACAUACUUCACUCUCAACAGCGCCUUAACAUAUUGGAUCUGGGGUGUCGAAGCUGGGGAAGUAUUCUACGGAACCCGAGGAACUGGCGAAACGAUCUCUAUCUCUACGUCUGUCACAAAGAACUCCGUCCCUUACAAAAUCCACGUCGUCUAUAAGUCCCCGGCCGGCAAAGUUUUGCAAGACAAGCGCCUCGAGGCACCUUUUACACAAUGGUUUUCGGCUGAUGGUAUCUUUCACCCAAAGCCAUAUCGUGCUUGGUUGGCAAGUCAAGUUGACGUAUUGAGACUUGCGGCGGUGGAGAGGAAAAAGAAGAAUGGCGAUGGUGCCGACCUGUAA